CUUGCUUUGCUUGUCCGUCUGUCAUUCUGGGGGCAUGCGAGGGCUGCUGGCGAUUGCGCUGGUGCUGGCGAUAGCAUCUGCGCUUGGCUGUGCCCAUGCGCAAGCCUCACGCACGCUUGGCAGCGUUGCGUCAAUGACACAACCACCAAAACGCCUCGCCUCCGCCGAAGAAGAAGAAGCUGAAGCGUUGUGCUCACCCGAUUCUUCUGCGGACAGCGACGCGAUCGCAUCAUCUGCUGCAUCAAUCUUGCACGUUGGCUGUUCUGCGCACAGCACGCUGUGCCGGGAGGCCAAGGCUGAGCUGCAACAACUGCUGCAACUCGUUCACCGUGCACCCCACGUUCACAACACGACUGGUACUGACGUCGACGACAAGAGCGGCAACAGGACAGGCGACGGGGCGUCUGACCCACCCCAACCGCAAGCAACUGCCACCGCGCUGCAACGUGCACUCACCUUCUUCUGUGACAGCGGCAGUGGAGGAGUUGACUCAGAUCGGCUUCAUCCUGUGAAAACACAGCCAGCGCACCAAGGAACGCCGCUUGCUGCGGACGUGCCAACGCUAAGAACGCCAAGCAACGGUGACUUCUUCGGUGAAUCCGCAGCAGAUCCUCCGCUGUCACGGCCACCACCUGGCGUCCAGAAACACCAGCGAUCAGCUGCUCCGCGUGGACGGUUGCAGUCCAGGACCCGCCGGAACGAAGAGGAUGUGGACCACGCCGUGUGCACGUUGUCCAGCCUGCUUGCUCUCAACUGCAGCUCGCCUCCCACCGCUGUUCCCACGAGUACGUUGGAAGUUAUUGUGGAUGCUGUUGAGGAGCUGGGCGCCCUCAUAACACAGCCUGACCCCGACUUCGACAGGGCUGUCGCCGCAGAGUAUGUACUACAACAGACGGACACUUGGAAGCCACGAACUCUCGUUGUAAGCGGGCUGGUGUACUUGGAGGAUUUGGUGUGGCUGCUCGACAGCGGCACUUGGGGCAAUGCGGUCAACUUCAGGCUGACUGGUCUCAACACGCCCACGCUAUGUCUCAACAUCUUCAACCCCUUGCGGAAUGUUCGUAACAUUCGCAUCUCGGAUGGCCAUGUAAUUCACCUCGCCCAAACGUGCAGCGAUGUUGAACCAACGUUCCGACCGGGAGUGUUUCUGCAAGAACUGCGCCUGCAGCGCAUGAACAUUCGCAACAUCGCAGAUAACACGUUUCGUAACAUGCACAUCGUCCACACAUUUGAUUUUCGAGACAACCAGUUAACGGCCGUCACAAACAGCACUCUGUUUGGGCUGAAUCAUCUAGUCCUUCUGCAGCUGCGCGACAACCACAUCAGCGCGAUUGAAGAUGGUGCAUUUGCUGGAAAGACACGGCUUACAACUCUGAACUUGAUCGAGAACGAUCUUACGCAACUGUCGGAGCGUGUGCUAUCGCCACUUACGACGCUGCGAAUCUUGCAUCUGAAUACCAACCCCCUCAACGCACUUGCAGAGAAAACAUUUGCGUCCCAAAGGAGCCUGCGUUCGCUGUUCAUGAACAACUGCAAUCUACAAAGAUUGCCACCCAGUGUGUUUCAGAACACAACUGCGCUUGCUGACAUCCGCAUCAGCAACAACAAGCUGACCCACCUCCCAGAGGGCAUAUUCUCCAACUCGUACCAGUUGAAACGGUUUGAUUUCGAUAACAAUGCCCUGCGUCGGGUUGAUCGCCUCUGGACUGGAACACGCCAUCAGUUGUUCCGUAUCCAGCUGACCCACAACCGCCUGACGCUCAUCCAUCCAUCCAUUAUUCCAUCUGCCCCGAAUUUGAUCAUUUUCCUCGUUGGGCACAACGUCCUGACUUCAACUGUUUUGUCUUCGCUGCAUGACCAUGCGCAGCUGGCUAUUGUGGAUGCCAGCUUCAACAGUAUCUUGUCCAUUCCGGACGAUGCGCUGCGCAAUAUGACGCGACUACGGCAGCUAUCCCUAACUGACAAUCUUCUCACAAAGUUCCCAGCAAGGAAACUUCCGUCCCUCCUCUCCCUGCGCCUGAGCAACAACCCCCUCAGGGUUCAGCCAGAUGUAUCUCUUUAUUCUCAACUUGACGAACUGGACUGGACCAACCACCGCAUUCCACACCUGGACGCCACGCCCUUCCUCCAACUGCCUCGUUUGCACCGGCUGGAAAUUGCAGCCGCCAAAGAUGCGCCCCCGGCCACUUUGAGCCUGAGCAGCAUCAGCAACCUUCAGGACUUGAAUCGACUGAGUGCUGUGGACGUGCGAAAUAUCGAUGCUGGCCCAUUGUUCAGCAUACUUAAAGGCAGGGUUGGAUUUGCGCUGCGGGAGCUGUCCCUUGGCUGGAGCGGCAUGGACGAGACCACCUUGUCUUUGACUGACAUCUGUUUCUUUCUCUCGGACACCGUCACCCGCUUUGAGUUGUUUGACACCGGUUUCACGCACGUGCGCCUGUGCGAUGGCGUCGCCUACGACGCCGUCUUCCUCCAAGACAACCUGCACCUGCAGAGCGUGAGCAGUGUCGGCGGUGUGCAGCAGCUCAACGUGUCCGGGUGUCCACGUCUGCAGCAGCUGCAGGUGCCGUCAGCAGAGGUGCUGGACAUCAGUGGCACACGGGUGCCGCUGUUCCGUGGACUGUGCACGUCGCUGGGAACACGCACGGUUGUUGCACGCAACUGGCAUACCCGAGAUUUAAGCGACGAAGCGCGCUUGCAACAACUGCUGUCGCAGUGUUUGUUAACCAGUCGUGUGGAUGUGCUGGACCUGAGCGACAAUGCACAGCUUGACCAGCCAGGUGUGGUUGAGGAUGUGGUUUCGAGCGUUGUGGUGCUGGGAGGAGACGGACAACAGAUAAAUGAUGACUUUGCCCGCUUGGUUGGCCGAACAUCGGUUGGCUUGCUGCAACUCGCGAAUGCACCCAUCACUUGCCAACUUCAGUUCCUUGACCUUCGCAUUCGGCAAUCAGGGCAAAUUCGGCACAUUCGCUUCCAAGAGCUGGGCUACUUCUACAUGUGCCAGUGCUCGCAAGGGUAUGAGCAUCGCGGUGGACGCUGCCGUGUGAUCGAGCGUGACAACACAGCAGCGGUGCUGGGCACGCUGGCAGGCGUAAUUGCGCUUCAAGUGAUUUUGCUCGUCAUUUACCGGACAUACAAGCGGCAGCGACGCCUGCAGACGGACAACGCGCUGAAGGAGAAACUGCUGGUGGAGCGAGACGCGGAGGUGAUGGCGCUGAAGAAGGGGUGGGAGAUCGAGUACGGCGAGCUGGAGAUGCGGCGCCACAUCUGCACGGGCGCGUUUGGCGACGUGUGGGAGGGGCGCUGGGACACGGUGAGGGUGGCGGUCAAGGUGAUGAAGCAAGAGGUGCUGCUGUUUGACGAGACGACGAUGCAGGAGUUUGAAAAGGAGGUGGAAUUCCUGCAGCGGACACGGCACCCGCACCUGGUUCGCUUUUUUGGUGCUGGCAAGGACCCCAGCAACUCGCCCUUCCUGGUGCUGGAGUUUGUCGCCCUCGGAUCGCUGACCGACCUGCUUGAAAGGGACUUGGACGAGUGGCUGGACCAGCGCCGUCAGCAACAGCAGCAGCAGCAGAUGCAGCAUGGCGGUGGCGUAGGCGGACUGCAAGAUGACGAUGCUGGCGGAGGCUGGGUCGAUGUGCACCGGGUAGAUGACGACGUUGCCGUGCAUGCGGAUGGUGCUUUGACGGCGUGGGACCUGAAGCAGCGGCUGGCAGGCGACAUUGCCUGCGGCAUGGCGUUUAUCCACUCCCUCUACCAAGUCCACAGAGACUUGAAGAGCGGCAACGUGCUGGUGUCGAGCGCGCUGCGUGGAAAGAUUACGGACUUCGGGUCCAUCCGCCAACGCCUGAAGCGCCACGACAGGCACGGAGGCAGCCAGCGGAGCUCCAAGGGCAAGUCUGGUCGCAGCACGAAGCGCCAGCAGUCCCUGUGGAGGAAGAAGAAGAAGAAGCAGCGUCCAAUGCCUGCAGGCACCCUGCUCCGCUCCAACACCAACACCAACGACUUUGACAACCAUGACGACUACGACGAUGAUGGUGCGGAUGAUGUGGCCGGCAGCGAUCGCGGCGACACGAGCGAGACGCGGUGGCCGACGGAUCGCGAGGGACACGAGCUCCGGUACUCGUGGGCCGUUGGCUCAAAGACGAUGCACCUGAGCAUGACGGCUGGCGUGGGCACGCCCAUGUACAUGGCACCUGAGGCCCUGUAUGGGCGCGAAUAUGGGCAGAAGGCGGACGUGUUCAGCUUUGGCGUUGUGCUGUGGGAGAUUGUGACGCAGCAGCAGCCGGACAUUAUUGCCCAAGAGUACGGCGACACCUUUGACGGUCCUUUGUUCCCCACCAUCAAGCAGCUGCUCGAGGAUGGCAAGCGCCUUCGCUUCCCAGACGAUUCAGAGGCCUCGCCAGGAUCGUCGUCGGCGCCAGCAUGGUUCCGUGACAUGGCCGCGGCGUGCAUGGCGCAGACACCAAAGGACCGUCCCACAUUCCAGGAGCUGGAAAAGAAGCUCCGCAGCACACAACCUCCUUCUUCUGCUUCUUCUGCUUCUGCUGUUUGAAGUGCUUACUUUUGUUCGUGUGUGGCGGUGGGAUGAUGUGUGACGUUGCGCUUCUUUGUUUCAGGUCUUGUUUUUUCGUUCGUUGUUGUUGGGCCCCUUUUUCUUUUUCGGGUUCUUUGUGCUCCGUUCACGCACAAGCACACGCACCAGCAACAUCCACCAUGAUCUUGCUCCGCUUGCUUCUCAUGCGCACGCUUGCGCCUGGUUAUGUGAUGUGACCUUGUUGCUGCUCUACGUUACUCUUCUUCUGUCUUGCUCGGGGGCGUGUCGCGAACAUCGCUGCUCACAACACCAAUGCAAAUUCCAUCACCAAAUGGUUCCGAAGAGAGCCAUCUGUCCUUUCUUAAAACCCUCACGCCAC